CCUGUAGCCGCAGCGAUGGCGGUGCAGGCUGCGCUGCUCAGCUCACACCCCUUCAUAUCCUUUGGCUUUGGUGGCUCUGCGGACGGGCUAGUGAGCGCGUUCGGAAGUUUGGAUAAAGGCUGCUGUUUCGAGGAUGAUGAGAGCGGGGCGUCCGCGGGAGCGCUGCUGUCGGGAACUGAGGGCGGGGAUGGACGCGAAGCCACCCGCGACCUGCUCAGCUUCAUAGACUCUGCGUCCAGCAACAUCAAGCUGGCGCUGGACAAGCCCGGCAAGUCCAAGCGGAAAGUCAACCACCGCAAGUACUUGCAGAAACAGAUCAAGCGCUGCAGCGGCCUCAUGGGCACCGCGCCUCCGGGACCACCGUCCCCGAGCGCUGCAGACACUCCAGCCAAACGGCAGUCGGGAGCCCCGGGAGCCGCGACUGUCGCCGCCCCGGCGCAUUGUAAGGCCGCCCCGCGGAGGGAGGCGACCCAGGCCGCGGCUGCCGCCAGCCUGCAGAGCCGGAGCCUAGCUGCCCUUUUCGACUCUCUGCGCCACAUCCCGGGGGGCGCAGAGACGACAGGUGGUGCGGUGGCCGUGUCGGUCCCCGGCCUCGGGGCAGUGAGCUCUGCGGGUGACGGGGCGGGCAACGCGGGGAGCUUAGCGGCCCCCGGCCCCAAAAAAGUACCGCUGCGCGCCAGAAACCUGCCCCCGUCCUUCUUCACUGAGCCGUCCCGGGUAGGCGGCAGCGCCAGCGGCGGCGGCUGCGGCCCCUCGGGUCAGGGCGUGAGCCUGGGUGACCUGGAGAAAGGGGCGGAGGCCGUUGAAUUCUUUGAGUUGCUGGCGCCGGACUUCGGCGCUGGCAACGAUGCGGGCGUCUUGCUAGCCGCCGACCCUCUCGACGCGUUCCCCACCGGAACUGCUGUCCUACGGGGGCCCUUGGAGCAGGAGUCUGGUCCCUUUGAUCCGCCGGCGAUGGUUGGAAACCUACUAUACCCUGAACCCUGGAACGCCCCGAGCUGUACUCAGACCAAGAAGCCUCCUUUGGCUGGCGUUCGCAGUGGCGUGACCUUGAACGAGCCUGUGCGCCUCCUGUACCCCACUGCUUUGGACUCGCCAGGUGGGGAGGACGCACCAGCCCUGCCAUCUUUCACUCCUUUCUUCCCAGAUUGUACUCUGCCGCCGCCCCAUCAAGUGUCCUAUGAUUACAGCGCAGGCUACAGUCGCGCAGUUUACCCCAGCCUCUGGAGACCGGACGGUGUCUGGGAAGGGGUUUCUGGGGAAGAGGGGGCGCACCCAGACUGAUUGCGAGGUACACUUCCCUUAUGACUGAUGUGGUUGAGUGCUACUGUGGGUCUCUCCUGAGGGGAGAGAACUAUGGGAACACUCGUGAAGACGAAAUGGGAUAAAACAACAAAAUCCCGCAUUCAUUUAAUAAAAGAAACUUUGGGAAAAGAGAUGGAGGAGUUGGGAGUUGGUUUAACCACAGCCUCAGAUUUUAUUCUUUUCCUCUCCUUUCUUUGUAAGUGUCCCAUAGAUUCUUACUUGGACCAGAAGAGACACAACAGGCUGAGACUGGGGCUGGGAAAUAAUCG